UAAUUUUAUUAGUACAAAAAGUGUUAUUAAAAUGGCACGUUUAACAUAUCUAUUGUUGGGGUUUGCGAUUGUUGUAUCCGUUCUAGGUGCACCGUCAAAUAUUACCGAUGGUGACGAUAGAAUAUUAAAUGGUAAAAAAGCCGAAAAGAAUGAAUUUCCAUUUAUGGUUUCUCUUCAAGAAACAGAUUUUAAACCAAUUAAAUUUUGUGGUGGAGUCGUUAUCCAUAAAUCAUGGAUAUUAACAGCUGCUCAUUGUCUGAAACAAAAUUUCAAAAAACUUACAAUCAAUGCUGGUAAUAUAAAGGCUUAUGAUUAUGGUGGAACAUCUCAAAAUAGUGAAGUAGCCAAAAUUAUAUUACACGAUAAUUAUAUAAAAACAGAAAAGCAUGACGAUAUUGCCCUAUUGAAAUUAAGAAUUCCUUUACAAUUCACAAGCUCAGUUCAACCAAUUGCUUUGCCACCAACUGAUCACAAAGUUACUGGUAAAGGUAUGAUUCUUGGAUGGGGAGCAAUUAAUGCAGAUGAAUCUAAAUCGUCUGACUUUUUACUAAAAGCUGAACUACCCGUUUCGGAUCCAGAAGACUGUGAUCAAUUUGUAAGUUUUACCAAUCACAAUCAAUUAUGUCUUGGCCAUAAUGUAAAAGAAAAUGCUUGUAGUGGAGAUUCAGGUGGCCCAUUUGUACAAAAAGAUGCAAAUGGAAAACCAAUGGUGGUUGGUGUUGCAUCAUUUGGAAAAGAAGGAUGUCAUGAAUAUGUUCCUAUUGUUUAUACCGAAGUUGCACCUUAUGUAGAAUGGAUUAAAAAGACUAUGAAAACGAAAUGAAACCUAAGAACUUAAUUGAAUAAAGUAUUUUUUCUCAAAA